CGCAGCCCCGCCGCCGCCGCCACCGCCACCGCCACCGCCGUCGCCGCCCCCGCCGCCGGGGACAUGUCUAACCCCGGGGGCCGGAGGAACGGGCCCGUCAAGCUGCGCCUGACAGUACUCUGUGCAAAAAACUUGGUGAAAAAGGAUUUUUUCCGACUUCCUGAUCCAUUUGCUAAGGUGGUGGUUGAUGGAUCUGGGCAAUGCCAUUCUACAGAUACUGUGAAGAAUACCCUUGAUCCAAAGUGGAAUCAGCAUUAUGACCUGUAUAUUGGAAAGUCUGAUUCGGUUACGAUCAGUGUGUGGAAUCAUAAGAAGAUCCAUAAAAAACAAGGUGCUGGAUUUCUUGGUUGUGUUCGACUUCUUUCCAAUGCCAUCAACCGCCUCAAAGACACUGGUUAUCAGAGGUUGGAUCUGUGCAAACUUGGGCCAAAUGACAAUGAUACGGUUAGAGGACAGAUAGUAGUAAGUCUUCAGUCCAGAGACCGAAUAGGCACAGGAGGACAAGUUGUGGACUGCAGUCGUUUAUUUGAUAAUGAUUUACCAGAUGGCUGGGAGGAAAGGAGAACUGCCUCUGGAAGAAUUCAGUAUCUGAACCACAUAACAAGAACUACGCAGUGGGAACGCCCAACACGACCAGCAUCUGAAUAUUCAAGUCCUGGCAGACCUCUCAGCUGCUUUGUUGAUGAGAACACUCCAAUUAGUGGAACAAAUGGUGCAACAUGUGGACAGUCUUCAGAUCCCAGACUGGCUGAGAGGAGAGUCCGGUCACAGCGACAUAGAAAUUACAUGAGCAGGACACAUUUACAUACUCCUCCAGACCUACCGGAAGGCUAUGAACAGAGGACAACACAACAAGGUCAGGUGUAUUUCUUACAUACUCAGACUGGUGUGAGCACAUGGCAUGAUCCAAGAGUGCCGAGGGAUCUUAGCAACAUCAAUUGUGAAGAGCUUGGUCCAUUGCCUCCUGGAUGGGAGAUCCGUAAUACUGCAACAGGCAGAGUUUAUUUCGUUGACCAUAACAACAGAACAACACAGUUUACAGAUCCUCGGCUCUCAGCUAACUUGCAUUUAGUUUUAAAUCGGCAGAACCAGUUGAAAGACCAGCAGCAGCAGCAGGUGGUAUCGUUAUGCCCCGAUGAUGCGGAGUGUCUGACAGUCCCACGGUACAAGCGAGACCUGGUUCAGAAACUAAAAAUUUUGCGGCAGGAACUUUCCCAACAACAGCCUCAAGCUGGUCAUUGCCGCAUUGAGGUUUCCAGGGAAGAGAUUUUUGAGGAAUCCUAUCGGCAGGUCAUGAAAAUGAGACCCAAAGAUCUGUGGAAGCGAUUAAUGAUAAAAUUUCGUGGAGAAGAAGGCCUUGACUAUGGAGGGGUUGCCAGGGAGUGGUUGUAUCUCUUGUCCCAUGAAAUGUUGAAUCCGUACUACGGCCUCUUCCAGUAUUCAAGAGAUGAUAUCUAUACAUUGCAGAUCAAUCCUGAUUCUGCGGUUAAUCCGGAACAUUUAUCAUAUUUCCACUUUGUUGGACGGAUAAUGGGAAUGGCUGUGUUUCAUGGACAUUAUAUUGACGGUGGUUUCACGUUGCCUUUUUAUAAGCAGUUGCUUGGGAAGUCAAUUACUUUGGAUGACAUGGAAUUAGUUGAUCCAGAUCUUCAUAACAGUUUGGUGUGGAUCCUUGAGAAUGAUAUCACCGGUGUUUUGGACCAUACUUUCUGUGUCGAACAUAAUGCAUAUGGUGAGAUCAUUCAGCAUGAGCUUAAACCGAACGGCAAGAGUAUCCCUGUUACUGAAGAAAAUAAAAAAGAAUAUGUUAGGCUAUAUGUGAACUGGAGAUUUUUACGAGGCAUUGAGGCUCAAUUCCUGGCUCUGCAGAAGGGAUUUAAUGAAGUAAUUCCCCAGCAUCUGCUGAAGACAUUUGAUGAGAAGGAGCUAGAGCUCAUUAUUUGUGGACUUGGAAAAAUAGACGUUAAUGACUGGAAGGUAAACACCCGGUUAAAACACUGCACACCAGACAGCAAUGUUGUCAAGUGGUUCUGGAAGGCUGUGGAGUUUUUUGAUGAAGAGCGAAGAGCACGGUUACUUCAGUUUGUGACAGGCUCAUCUCGAGUGCCUCUGCAGGGCUUCAAAGCUUUACAAGGUGCUGCGGGCCCGCGACUCUUCACCAUUCACCAGAUCGAUGCCUGCACCAACAACCUGCCCAAAGCCCACACUUGCUUCAAUCGAAUAGACAUUCCGCCCUAUGAGAGCUAUGAAAAGCUAUAUGAAAAGCUGCUAACAGCCAUCGAAGAAACAUGUGGGUUUGCUGUGGAAUGACAGACUUCAAGGAUCUCCCCAGGACUCUAUUUAUACCCCGACCGCCAGCCUCCUUUCAGCGAAGUUUCGCAGAAGGCGGAAAUACAGGACCCCACCCCCCCUUAAAAUUUUUUUAGGACACUGUGAGGGGAAAGGACAAUUUUGAAAUUCCUUUUCAAGGAAAAAAAAAAAAGGUCUUUAUGCUUUGCCAUAAGGCCACACUCAGCUGCUAUUUAAAAUUAAUAUCUUGAACCUAAAGAAUGCUGACUUUUCCUACAUUUCCAGAGUUAGGCAGUAUUCUACACUUAAAGACUACUACUAUUUUUAUAAAAGGUAAUCUAUUCAAAUCGCUCCACAGGUUUCAAGUCUCUCAAACAUCAAGACAACUUCAGCAGUCGGUACACACAUCACAUUUCAUUUUGAUUGAAUACAUGAUUUUGAAUAGCUCCUGUACUUGCUCUUUGUAAAAAAAAAUAAAUAAAAUUAUUUUGAAUUAUUCUACCUUUGUAAACAAUUGGCUAAAGGAAUCAUUAUCUUUAAAAAAAAAUUAAGCCAUUUACACAUUUAAUUACAUUUUUCUAUAGCAAAGCAUUAUAUUUUAAAAGCAUUAUAUGUUUCAACCUAGCUUGAGUGAAUCUUUUGUAUAUUUUUCAAGUACUAACUUUCUGGAAUACAGCCACAUUGUUUUGGUUGUCAGAUUCCUAAUGCAACCAUUUAGUCUAAACUAGCUUAUUGGAUACAGUAAGAUGCAUUCAGGGGCUCCUUGUUUUUAAGAAACUUUAAAAAAAAUCCUAAUUUUUUAUCUUGAAUGAAUAUGAUCAGGUAUUUUGGAUUUACUUUUCAUCUUAAAUGGAAAUACUGCAUUUUUAUAGCUCCUCGGAUAGUGAGAUGGGAUGGGGUUUUCAUUCUUCUGCUGGGUCAGCUUAUCUUUAAUAUAUAGACUAUUUCUGUAAACCAAAGUCUCCUAUGACAAGUGCACCUAAUUUAUGUUUUAAUUACGGUCUAAGUUUCUAUCAAGUAAAACCAUCCAGAACCUUUGUUAAGCUGCUCAGGAGCUAAAAUUAUGACAAAGGAAACAUUUUAUUCAGCCAGUUUAGAAAAUCCUGCUUUUACCUAAUAAAAUGAAGGUGGGGGUCGGCAGGGGGAGGGCGCGGGGUAGGAUUACUGAAGAAAUCGUGAUUCUGAAUCUCUGGUAUAAAUUACUUCAGAAGUGAAGAAUUCAUUUUGGAGGUAUGGGCAGCUCAGUUCCCUUGGUGUUGAUCAGCAUCUGAUUUUGGAAUAUCCAGAUUUGGUUUUCAGGGUGUGUGGCAUGUUGCAUAGUCCAGAAGGCAACCGAAAUUCUGGAGUAAGGGAUCGAAAAACUCUGAACUCAUGGAUGGAUUUUGAAAUUAAACUAUCAGAAAUCUGCAUCUAGAUAUAUCUAUAUCUAUAUCUAUAUAUUCCCCCCCCCCCCCACUUUCACUGAUGAGAAUCAGGAAGGGCAAGUUUGGAUGAUCUAUCUCUGUUGAAAUUUUGCAGCUUAAUUAUCAAGUAAAUGGGCCCUUGGUGUCCUUUUGUUUGGUGGAUCGGUUUUCAGUCUGUGUUCAUGAGCCAAGGGGUUCCUUAGAGAUGCCUCAGAAGUAAUGGUCUAAGAGAGGAGGGGCAGAGAGGGAGAGGAAAGGCCUAGUCGUAUUUGAACAGCAGCCUCGAACUGCCGCCCCCCACCCCCUUUACCGGAGCAGCUCCCAGUUUCUCUCCUGGGUAUCGGAAUUCCAAGUAAGCUGUCAUGGCGUGGGAGGUUGGGGGAGGGGAUAGAGAAGUGGUGGAGAUUUGCUGUUU